AUGUGGGGAACGGCUGCGGGGAGGGGAAGGCGUGACCGGCAUGGAAAAUGCCAGACAGCUCCAGACGCGCACACACAUAGGCGCACACACGCUCGCAAAUCUCCGGACGGAGAUAAGGCGGACAGGCGAGCGUUGGGGAGGAGGCGAAGCCGUCCCCGGCAAACCCACCAGCAAUCCUCCACGCCAAACCCACCGGCAAACCCUCCGGGCAGCGCGAUGAGGUACCCCCUGACCUGGUCCUUCUGUGCCUUGCUGCUCUGUGCGGCGGAUGCCAUCGAGCUGACGGACAUGUUUGGGGAGAUCCAGUCUCCCAACUUCCCCGAUUCCUAUCCCAGCGACUCAGAAGUGACGUGGAACAUCUCUGUACCUGACGGAUUUAAAAUCAAGCUGUACUUCAUGCAUUUUGACUUGGAGUCAUCCUACCUCUGUGAAUACGACUACGUGAAGAUUGAAGCUGAGGACCAGGAGCUGGCAACCUUCUGCGGCAGGGAGACGACAGACACAGAGCAGGCUCCCGGCCAGCAAGUGAUCCUGUCCCCGGGGCCCUACAUGGGGCUCACGUUCAGGUCCGACUUCUCCAACGAGGAGCGCUUCACCGGCUUUGACGCCCAUUACACCGCCGUGGAUGUGGACGAGUGCCUGGAGAAAAGCGACGAGGAGCUGGCAUGUGACCACUACUGCCACAAGUUCGGCUACAUCCUCCACUCCGACAACAGGACCUGCAAAGUGGAGUGCAGCGACAACCUCUACACACAGAGGAGCGGGGUGGUGGCCAGCGCUGACUUCCCCAGCCCCUACCCCAAGAGCUCGGACUGCCUGUACCGCAUCGAGCUGGAAGAAGGAUUCUUCAUCACUCUGAGCUUUGAGGACAGCUUCGAUGUGGAAGACCACCCCGAGGUGACCUGUCCUUAUGACUACAUCAAGAUCAAAGCUGGCCGUAGGGAGUUUGGCCCUUUCUGUGGAGAGAAGUCCCCAGGACGCAUUGAAACCCAAACCAACAGCGUGCAGAUCCUCUUCCACAGUGACAACUCGGGAGAGAACAGAGGCUGGAAGCUGUCAUACACAGCAAUUGGAAACCCAUGCCCACUGGUGCAACCACCAAUCAAUGGGAAAAUCGAGCCUUCUCAAGCCAUGUACACCUUCAAAGACCAGGUUGUCAUCAGCUGCAACACUGGAUACAAAGUACUGAAGGAUAACCUGGAAAGCGACUCCUUCCAGAUCGAGUGUCUAAAGGACGGGACCUGGAGUAACAAGAUGCCAGAGUGGAUUGCUGACUGCAAAGCGCCGCCGGAUCUGGAGCACGGCUUUGUCACCUUCUCCUCGAGGAACAACCUAACCACCUACCGAGCGGCCAUCCAGUACCACUGCCAGCACCCCUACUACCACAUGGCCCCCAACAGCACCGCCACCUACACGUGCGACGCAUCGGGGGUGUGGAGGAGCGAGGAGCUGGGGACCAAGCUGCCGUCCUGCCGACCAGUGUGUGGCCGGCCAGCUCGUCCUCUGCCUGGGAUCAUCAAGCGCAUCAUUGGUGGGCGAAAUGCAGAGCCUGGAUUCUUCCCCUGGCAGGCCCUGAUUGUGGUGGAGGACAUGUCCCGGGUGCCCAACGACAAAUGGUUUGGCAGCGGGGCCCUGCUCUCAGACUCCUGGGUGCUGACAGCUGCCCACGUGCUCCGCUCCCAGCAGCAGGACAAGACUGUCAUCCCCGUCUCCAAGGAGCACGUCACUGUCUACCUGGCCCUUCAUGAUGUGAGGAACAAGAUGGAGGCUGUCAACCGGACAGUGGAGAGAAUCAUCCUUCACGAGGAGUUUGACAUCCAGAACUACAACCACGACAUCGCUCUGGUAAAGCUGAAGGAGAAGGUGACCAUGGGGCACUACGUCAUGCCUGUCUGCCUGCCCCAGUUUCAGCACGAGCUGGAGGGGCCUUACCCCAACACGCUGGGGCUGGUGGCUGGCUGGGGUAUCUCCAACCCUAACAUCACGGUGGACGAGAUCAUUAGCUCGGGCAUGAGGACACUGUCCGACAUCCUGCAGUAUGUCAAACUGCCAGUGGUGCUUCAUGCGGAGUGCAAGACCAGCUAUGAGUCACGGUCGGGGAACUACAGCGUGACCGAGAACAUGUUCUGCGCUGGCUACUAUGAAGGUGGGAAGGACACUUGCUUGGGAGACAGCGGGGGAGCCUUCGUCAUCCAGGACCCUGGAACCCGGAGGUGGGUGGCCCAAGGGCUGGUCUCAUGGGGUGGCCCAGAGGAGUGCGGCAGCAAGCAGGUGUAUGGUGUGUACACCAAAGUCUCUAACUAUGUGGACUGGGUGGAGAAGAAAACAGGCUCCUCAGAGAGGUGGACAUUUCUGGACCCAGAGCUGGAGAGAUGA